GUUGUUGGUGCUUCUGCGUCGUCCUCACGCCGGGCAAAGGACUUUUUCACGCCAGCAGACAUUCUCUGUAGCUGUCUCAGAGAAUGACAGACGACAACACAAGUUUCUCUCUCUCUUCCUCUUCUCUUUUUCAACUUCCAACUUUCAUUCUCUUUGAAUUUUCAGUUAUAAGAGAGAGAGAGAGAGAGAGAGAGAGAGAGGGCGGUCCUCAGCGUUACUCCACAGAGCCCUGAGCUAGCACAAUGCCGGGAAGUGGGGCUCUGAGAAUGGCUCUUGGAGCCCUAAAGGACUCCACGACACUUGGUUUGGCCACUCUAAACACCCAUUACAGGGAGUUGGAAAUGGCGAUCAUCCUGGCUACAAAUCAUUCAGAGUCUCCACCAAAAGAGAGACACAUCAAUGCUAUUUUUACUAUGAUUUCGGCUUCAAGGCCUCGGAGCAACAUUGCUCAUUGCAUACGUAUUCUUGGAAGACGUCUCUCCAAGACAAAUAACUGGGCAGUUGCUUUGAAAACCCUUAUUGUCAUCCAUCGGGCAUUGAGGCAAGUUGGUCCCACGUUCCGCAAUGAGCUCUUUAACUAUGGGAGGAGCAAAAGCCAUGUCCUUUAUUUGUCCAAUUUCAAGGAUAACUCCAGCCAAAAUGCAUGGGAUUACUCCGCAUGGGUGCGUGCAUAUGCUUUGUUUCUUGAAGAGCGUCUGGAAUGUUUCUAUGCUUUGAAGUUCGAUGUUGAGACAGAGUGCUCGAGGAUGGGGGAACUCGACACGGCUGACUUGCUUGAGCAAUUACCAUCUUUGCAGCAACUACUUUCUAGUCUUCUUGCUUGCCAGCCACAAGGAGCAGCUGGAAGUAAUUGUAUUAUCCAAUUGGCUCUUUCAUUGGUUGCAGGGGAAAGUAUUAGGAUUUUCAAUGCAAUUAAUGAUGCCACUUUCAAUUUAGUCGACAAGUUAUCAUAUCAGUUCUUUGGAAUGAAACAACAUCAUACUUUGAGGGCUCUUGAAAUAUACAGGAAGGCCAGACAGCAGGCGUCAAAUUUGUCUGAAUUUUAUGAAGUAUGUAAGGGGCUUGAUCCUCGGGGUGCUGAAAGCUUUGUCAAAAUUGAACAGUCACCUUCAUUUUUUCUCACAGCCAUGGAAGAGUUUGUGAAGGGUGCUCCACGAGCUUCAACUGAUCGUCGAGAGAUGGUUCUUUAUAGUAAUCCUGCUCCCAAGGCAUUGUUAGCAUUGGAGUAUAAGACAACACCCGAAGUGCAACGACCUCCUCCACUUUAUUCAUCGCUCUCUAAACCUGUUAAAUUAGAGAUGGCUACAUAUGCACCAACUGUUGAUUUAUUGGGACCAAAGAAUACAACACCAAUAGCUUAUACAGCUCAUGUGGAAAAUCCCCUUGCACUUACCUUUAUUCCAUCAGGUACUCAAAAUGUUACUGCUUCUUGUGGACAUGAUGUAGCAAACGGUAUCACAGGAACUUCAAAACUUCCUGCUUCUGGUGAGCUUGAUGCUGCAAAUGGUAUCACUGGUUGGGAGCUAGCACUUGUGACUGAACCAAUCUCUAUUGCAGGAAGUAAUCUGGAUGGGGGUCAGACCAAGUUUGCAUGGGAUGGCUCUUAUGAGAAUGUUUUGGAAACAUGUGGAAUGCAAAAUAUGAAUGCUUCAGAAAGACAAGGAACACAAAAAGGGAGCUAUAAUAGUAGAAAAGUGGUCCCUAAUCCCUUCGAUGCGCAGCAAGAUAUAUAUGAUGCUCCAAACAUGAUUUCCAUGGCCCCUUUUAAGAUGGAAUUUAAAGCUCAUCAACAGCAUGAUUUCAUGAUCCAGCAACAGAUGAUGGCUAAUCAACAACACCAACCUUUAAAUCCAUUUAGUUAUCCCUCUGAAGAUAUGCAGAUUCAACCUUACGGACUGUGCUUGCCUUUUCAAAGUCCCCCCCUCCCUUAUAAAGUACGUAUCUAGAUGAAAGCAGCUACCUUCUCAACAUUGAAAAACGGCUAGACAGACUGAAUCAUAUUGCGUUUCAUGGGAAUUAUGUAUAAAGGAAAUUGCGUCAAAAAGUGAUCUAACAAAGACUUAUUGAUAUGUAUGGGAUUGCAUAUUAUGAGACCGUUCACUUUUAGUACAAGGUCACAAUUAUCUUUAGGCAUCGGAUGUGAAAUUCAACAACUUGGGUGUGGUACACA